AUGCUUCCAUCCCUUCGCCGCUGCCUCCGUCCUUGCGGAGCACGCUUCGCCGGCUACCAGCCGCGCCGGGCUGGGCCGCCGACGGUUUACCACGAGGCAUACUCGCCGGAAUGGCCGGUGACGCACCGCUUUCCCAUGUGGAAGUUCAAGGAUUUGGCCGAGCUGCUGGUGGAGGAAGGUCUCCUGGAGUCCUUUUCUGACUUCGUCACUCCCCAAGAUCCGCCGGAUGAGUGGUUUACUUUGGCCCAUGAGGAGGAAUACUACCGAGGCUUCAUUGACAGCACACUGGAUCCUGUUCGCUGGCGACGCAUCGGGCACGCAAUGCUUGGAAGUCCUUUUGGCUUCUGCUUGCCAGACAAACGAGCAGAACGAGCCGCGCGGCAGCUGCGCUCUGGCACGAGCCAGUUCAACGGUGUACACUGGCACAAGCGGGGGAAGAAGUUUGGAGUGCAGGUUCGGUACGAUGGGAAACUUAUCCAUGUAGGGUACUUCUUGAAUGAGACGGAAGCUGCUUGUGAGUUUGACAAAACAUUGCGAUCCAUAUGCCGCGAUCCUGUAAGAUUGAAGAAAUCCCUGAACUUUCCGACGAAGGAGGAGGCAUCCUAUGAAGAACCAUUGUCGGAGAGGCGCUCCCGGGGUCUGAAAAAGAGCUCCAAAAACCGUGCGAAAGAUGUGGAGUCGUUGCAGCGUUUGCAGCAUCGCUUCUCGAAAUCUCCAGAGGCAUCAGAUUUUGAGAUUGCCAAUGUCCCGUCCCUGUCGAGAGUUGAUGCUUUGUUCCGGCCCCGAGGGGCGAAGAGCGGAGGCUUGCCGCUUCAGCUGAAGUCUUCGAGCUGCCAUAACUAUAGUGGUGAAUACUAUUUCUAUGCGUUUAGCAACACGAAGGGCUACGAGGGCAUGUUGCUUGUUCUGGUCGCUCUGGACCGUGACAUCAUAUGGAUGGUACCCGGAAGCGAGGUUUCACAGACAG